AAGAUUUCUUAAACUCUUCCCCAUCAUCAUAAAGGUCAAGCUCUCGACAUCUGAUAAACUUCACCUUUCAGCAUAUUAAAUUACAACUUAAAAUGCAAGACGGCAGCUUCAGUCAGAUGAUGGGAAAAAGCUUUGUCAUCAUGUUAUGUGGAACAAUACAAUCAUGCCUGGGAGAUCACGCUUAACCAUUUCCAGGAUCUGAGUUAGUCACUGAGUGAUUUGGCUUUAUUGUUUAAAAGUUUUCUGCCCCGAAAUGCUGACUUGGUAUCUAUCAUCUACUCCCAUUUAAAGAGAGCUGAUCCACAAGAGGAGGAACUGGACCAUCUUUGUUGUUUCAAAGUAUUAAUUUUGAGACAUGACUAGUAGGUACAGCUAAUCCUGUUUUAUAGUCCGUGAAAUUAAGGUAAGUGGAAUGGUGUCACUACGAUUAGUGGUCAUGCCAGAAUCUAUACUUGCAGUACAAGAUCUACAGGACUGAUUGUAUUCACUUUGUACAUUUGGAUGCAGUUUUGCCUCUCAUGAUUUGGACUAUUUUAUUUUUAAAGAUAAACAUGAUACCAGUUGGAAAAUUUCUGCUUUUAAAUCAGAGGGUUAUAUCAGAUAAGCGUAAGCAUCUUUAAACUCUCAUGCACUGGUUUUAAUGUAACUGUUUAGAUAGACAGAUGUUGAGCCAGAUGGCAUUGUGUCUCCCAUCCAGUCCCAUCAAGCAUUAUUAUUAGUGUCCAUUGAGAUAGAGUAUAUAUUUGCUAUUGUGUUGGUUCCAGAGAGCUGGGGCUCCAUUAUAGUGAGAGCUUGCACUGCUUUGUGCUUUAAUAUUGAUGUGCUACAUAGCUCUUCAGCAAGAUUCUUUCUGCUCCCCCUCCCCAUUCCCCAAUACUUUUUCUUUCAAUGUCUGCUUAUAUUUCCAACAGUGCCUUGGAGUUGCUCAUGCUGGCACUUUGCCUGGUGUUUUUCAGAAUUCUGUUACGAGAAGCACAAGACAACAGUUAUCAUGUGAUGUAAGUGUGAGACGGAAGCAAAGAUAAACAUGCAGUCCAACCACACAACUAGGAAUGGCUGCCGAGUACAGGAAGUUAUGCAGUUGAUCAAGAAGCAGCUGGUGAACUCCAUCAAGGCCCUGCAGAAACAUUACGUGACCUCUGAUGCUCUUGUACCAAGUGAUGAUCAAGAUGCUAAUACUCUUUGUUGUGUAUUGGAGGCUGUAUUUGUACAUGGUUUGAAAACUAAGCACAUCAAAGCAGAAAUUGGAGCAAAAGGGAGAAAACAUGGAGGGCGCCUUCCUCAGCCAGUGUUUUGGACUCUGCUAAAAUCUGUCACACACAGAAACAUAAUUUCUGAACUGGAAAACUUGAUCUUCAUCAAUACAGAUGUGGGGCGUUGUCGUGCAUGGUUGAGGCUGGCUUUGAAUGAUGGCCUGAUGGAGUGUUAUCUAAAACUCUUGCUUCAUGAAAAGUCUCAACUCUUUGAAUAUUAUCAUUCAUCUGCUCUGCUUCUGGAUACUGAGGAGGUUGAAUUUCUCCUCAGCUAUUUGCAGGGCUUGUCUUCUUUGGCCUUUGACCUCUCGUAUAAGUCAGCAGUAUUGAACGAGUGGACCAUCACACCUUUAUCCUUGUCAGGCCUUUGCCCUGCCUGGGAACUGUUGGACCCUCUUGUGGGACUGGAACCUCAAAGAAAGGAGUCACUUAGUUCUCUCUCACAAUCUUCUGGCUCUGAUGAAGUUGAAGCUCACCCAGCCAUCCUGCCUGCCCCUAAAAGUGACCAGGCAGAUAAACUCACAGCUUCCAACUUGAGCAUCAGCACAACUGGUUCCUCACAGCUCUCUUCCAGCCUGGAUUCUGACAUUCUUCUCCCAGCCAAUUCUACCAGCACUCACAGCCCUGCUCAGGAGAAAGAGCCAAUCUCCAAUGACUCUGAAGUGGAGAUGACAACAGCAACAGCAGACUUGGACCAGGACCUCCAAGAGGUGUUAGCAGAAUUUACCAGGACACAGAGAAAGUUGGAAACUGUAGGAGUUCAUGAAGCACACAUCAUCUCUCAGUCUUCCCCACCAGAGUGCCCCUGCCCUGCUACCAGUUUCUGCACUGUGCACCGUCCUCAUACUGUACUGGAAAAAGGCCCUGUUGACAUCAUGCUACCUGCAAUAAUGAUAAAUUCACAGCUUCCCAAUUUACCUAAGACUGGAGAAUCUGUUAGUAGUACCAGUGUCCAACAGACCUCUAUGCUAACCACAAUAAUUGUGACCAAAAAACCUGUGGAUGUGUCCCAAAUUCCUUGCAACAAGAGAGGAGCUAAAAGUCGGACUGAUGAAGUCAGUGGUUAUGAAGGAAGCCUCCCAGGAACAGACCAGCUUCUUUCACCAAUCUCACCAGUGGUCUGCCCUAAAAGAAGCUGGAUCACUGAGGAUGAUUUUUACCUUCCUUCCCCUCCCGAGGAAACAGAAAAAAGCUUCUCCAGUUCUCCCAGUACCUCACGAGAGAGGCUUACCAGUACCCAACCUGCUAUGCCAUUGAGAGCCCCAGAUCGAGGCAAGCUUUCUGUAUCCUCAGCAGAGCUCAGCAAACUCAAACUGUCUCCUAGGAGGGAGCUGAAGGGCUUUAGUGUUGUUCAUCGGAGAGAAAUAGGUCUUUCCAAUCCAUUUCGGGGUCUGCUGAAAUUGGGGACUCUGGAACGUCGAGGAGCUCUGGGCAUUUGGAAGGAGUUUUUCUGUGAGCUCUCACCUCUAGAAUUGCGGCUAUUUGUAGACUGUGAGGAGCGAGUAUGUGUAGAAAACUAUUCUCUGCUGAGAUGUGAGUCCUUAGGACGGGCUCACAGUGAUGGGCGCUUUGAGCUGGUCUUUUCCAACAAACGAUUGUGUCUUCGGGCUUCCUCCCGGGAUGAAGCAGAGGACUGGUUGGACCGGCUGCAUGAAGCCCUAAAAAAGUUUAGGUUACAGAAGGAUGAAGGGUGGAAAACUCUAGAGUGCCCUGAGGCUGCAGAGGAUUCUGAGGAUUUCUUCGGAGGUGGACCACCUGGUGACUUGCCUUCCUUCUCGGUGUACAGUAGAACUGGCCCAACUGAGUUGGACUGGUCAUGUGCCUUGAAACCCGAGCUAGAUGCAGUCAAGGAAUCUGUCCUGUACUUGGAGGUUGAGAAAGCAUGGGUCCCUUUGGUGUUCUCCCUGUCCUUAGAAGCCUUGAAAUGCUUCAAAGCCAGAAAUGAUAAAAAGAUACUGAGCAACAGCUUUGGAAUUGAGACCAUCCAAGAUAUCCUGCCAGAUGUGAACUUGGGUGGACCUUCAUUCUUCAAGAUCAUCACUUCAAAAGCAGUGCUGAAGUUGAGAGCUGAGAACACAGAGGAGGCAACUGAUUGGAGAGACCUGGUCCGCCGGGUGCUCAUGUCCUACCUGGAAGUGGCUGAGGAGGCCCUCACACUUGGAGGCCAUCUGGAUGGCAGUUCACAGGCAAUCCUGAAGAAUACUGUUAAGGAAAAUGGAUAUUUGCUGCAGUAUCUGGUUGCCAUCCCCAUGGAGAAAGGCCUGGACUGCCAAAGUUUCAUAUGUGCAGGCUGCUCCAGGCAGAUUGGCUUCUACUUUGUGAAACCUAAGCUGUGUUCAUUCACUGGCCUCUAUUUCUGUGACAAUUGCCACCAAGAUGAAGAGUCUGUGAUACCUUCACGUCUAAUUCAUAACUGGGAUCUUUCCAGAUAUCCGAUAGCAGAUGGUAUAUUUGAAACUUUUCUUCAGUCGCUGAUCCAAUUUGCCUCCCACCAUGUGUAUAGUUGUGAUCUUUGUACUCAGAGGGGCUUCAUCUGCCAAAUAUGCAACAAGAAUGACAUCAUCUUUCCCUUUGAAUUUGAUACAACCAGCAGGUAAGUUUUACACAUGUCCUUUCCUCUAGAACUGAAUACACAUUUUAAAGAAACUAAAAUAAAAUUAGUAUAUAUAGUAUUCAGUAUAUAUUGACCAUAUCUUGGAACUUGCUGUGAUAGCACAUCAGGAAACUGAGUUAUUUGUGGCACUAUUCUCUCCCUUAGGACAGUGGCCCAUGACAGUCCCUAAAGACAGCUGCCUGUCCCACUUUGCUCUAAUAUGAUAGGCAGACUUGGGGUCCCCUGAUAGGAGCUAGAUUGCAUUCCUUCUCAGUAGCAGUGCCUUGGGAUGAUCUUACCCCCCCCCCCACAUACACAAAGGAUGCUAAGUUGGCCCGGAUCCUACUGGCCUUUAGGAAAAUUUUAAAAACAUGGUCAUAUCCCCAAGCAUUGGACCACGGUGUGUAAGUUCCCACCGGAAGAGGGUACAAACGUUAGCCAAGUUGCCUGUUACCUAUUAUUGUUGUUCAUUGUAGUUUUAUUUUGGUUCUUUCUUUUUUUUAAUAAGCUGACCACAAUGGCAUUUCCAGGUUGGUUGGGCAUAUAUAUUUGUAAAUAAAUAAAUAAGUCCAUCCUUUCAUUCAUUUACAUAGCAUAGUCAGAACUAGAACUAGAUCAGGUAAGAGUCAAGAUAAUUAAUUGAAUGUUAAUGAAAUCCUUAAAUCCUUAUCAUAAUGAUAAGUAACAGAAUGCUUAUAAACAUAUAAAUGUCCUUCUUAGAAAACAUUUAUUUGUUCGAGUCGGGGGUCAGGCCCUUUGACUGAGAGAUUACUGAGAGGAUACAAAAAAUUAAAAUAAUAGCCUUAGC